AUGGGGCUGGUGAGCGCUCUCUUGGGCGUCCUGGGCUUCGGAAUCGGCAUUGCAAUGGGCCUUGUGGUCGGCUAUUUCUUCUACGUUUACUUCCAGCCCAAAGACGUGAAGGAUCCAAUUGUCAGGCCCUUGCAUGAGCUAGACUCAAAGGCCUUGCAUUCACUUAUACCUGAGAUUCUGUAUUGGAUGAAAAAUCCAAACUGUGAACGAGUUGACUGGCUGUAUAAAUUCAUUCUUGACAUGUGGCCUUGCUUGCAUAAGGCAAUAUGCAAUACAAUUCAGAGUGCAGUGAGGCCAAUAUUUGAUCAGUACACUGGAAAGUACUGGAUCAAGUCAAUUGAAUUUGAUCAUCUAACUCUUGGUUCACUUCCACCUACAAUUCACGGUGUUAAAGUUUAUGAAACACAAGAGAAAGAAUUAGUUGUUCAACUAGCAGUAAGAUGGGCUGGUAAUACAAAUGUGGCUUUAGUGAUUAAGUUGUCUUUCUUCAAAAUAACAAUACAGCUGUUGGAUUUACAAAUAUCUUUGAUGCCACGUGUUAUUUUGAAACCACUAGUUCCAAGUUUCCCCUGCUUUGCCAACUUGUCUAUAUCUUUGAUGGAAAAGCCAAAUGUUGACUUUGAAUUCAAAAUUUUUGGUGGAGAUAUAAUGGUGGUACCUGGGUUAUAUAGGUUUAUACAGACAGCUACUAGAUUAUCUGCCUUAAUGCCAUUUGGCAUAUAUAAUCAUGUUAAUUUGAUUGAUACAAUUGCAACACAAGUCUCAGACAUUUAUCAUUGGCCAAAUCUUUUAGAGAUACCUAUUCUUAUUCUAGAUGGUUCAAGAUAA